AUCAGGCUAGCGGUGUUUAUUCUGUACUCAAGUUAAAAUUAAACAUUACAUUUUGAUAAUAAACUCUUUUGUUACAUUUGAAUAUUAUUCACAAAUUGCGCUGAAGAUAAUGGAGGACGUAUCUGCGUAUUUCGCCCCAUCACUGUUCGUGAAUCAUGGCGGUGGACCAAAUCCAGUUUUGGGUGAGCAAAGUAACCUUGAAAUCGCCAGAUCAUUGAAGGAAGUGCACAAAAUCGUCGAUUUUAAUCGUUUGAAAGCGAUCAUUCUCGUGACUGCUCAUUGGGAGGAAAAUCAGGUGACAAUAUCGUCAAAUGAGCGUCACGAGUUGCUGUUCGACUAUUAUAAUUUCCCACCGGAAAGUUACAAAUACAAGUAUGAGGGGCGUGGCGACCCAGAAUUGGCGCGAAAAAUCCACGACGCUUUGAAGGCAGCAAAGAUUACAACAAGAUUGGACCCCGAAAGAGGUUGGGAUCACGGAGUUUUCAUACCGAUGAUGUUGAUAAGGCCCGAAGCGGACAUACCAAUAGUGCAAGUGUCUAUACUGAAGAAUCAAGAUGCUAAAACACACUAUGAGAUAGGGAAAGUUUUGCAUCAGUUCCGAAAAGACGGUGUGUCCGUUGUAGGCUCAGGAUUAUCUUACCAUAAUAUGGGGAGAUUCAAGGCUUCGAGGGGUGAAAAAGAUGAGUUUAUAGAGAAUAAAGAGUUUGAUGAAUUUUUGACUACAGUUUGCACAAGCGACGAAAAAAAUAAUAUAGUCCUUUGGAAAGAGGCUCCGGGAGCACUGGCUUGCCAUCCGGAGGGUGAAGCAGAUCAUUUGAUGCCCCUUUUAGUAGCGGCAGGUGCUGGAGGUCCAUCUAAAGGAAGAAAAGUAUUCGGAACAGCGUAUCGUAACAGGUUUUUGUUAAGCAGCUUCGUGUGGCAGUGACGAAAUGCAAGAUAAAUUAA